UGCCCACUCUUCUUCCCUCCACAGCUUCAGGGCAACUUGGACUCGGAGACGUACCCCUGCAACAACUUCUGGCGGUACUCUUGCGGCGGGUGGCUCCAGGACAACCCCAUCCCGCCCACACGCUCCAAGUGGUCCAUCCAGGAGAAGUUGAAGCACCAGGCCCUGGCGGAGAUGCGUGAGCUGCUGGACACCAUGAACGAGCCCGAGGAGGUGAACAGCAUCGAGUGGAAGCUGAAAACGUUUUACUCCUCCUGCAUGAACGUUCACUCCUUCAUGAAGUCCGGACUCGACAUCAUCAAGCGCAUCAUCAUCACCGACCUCAACGGGUGGACGUUGAUGCGCGAGACGUGGGACCGUCGCCGCUGGGAGUUCGACAUGGUGUUGAAGCGCCUGCAUGCUGACUACGGCGUGUCCCCCUUCUUCAGGGUGACGGUGGUGCCCGACCCGCGCAGGGAGGGGCACAACAUCAUCAAGCUCCUGCCGUCCGGGUUCUCCAUGCCGCACCGAAGCUACUAUGAUCGAAUGCCCAACAACGAGGUGGAGCAGACUUACAAGCAGUACAUCAAAGACACGGUGAAGCUCUUUGAUGCCACUGGUCCAGACGCUCUUGAGUUUGCCGCCCACCUCUUCCACUACGAGAGCCGCAUCGCUGAGAUCACCCCGCCAGAGAGUGUUCUAAAUGAUCCUCAUGCUUCUAAUAACCUCAUUUCCAUUGGAGAGCUCUCCCAGAUUGCCCGCAGUGUUCCGUGGCUUGCUCUGCUGCGACAGAUGUUCCCCAAUAGCAAGCUGGAUCACAGGACGGAUGUGCUCGCUGUGUCCCGGGAGUACUUCAGCGAUGUCUCUGAACUAAUAUCUACAACUGACAGGAAUUUGCUCAACAAUUAUUUAAUCUUCAACUUUGUUACUGCUUACAUCCCGUACCUGUCUUCAGAAAAUACCAGAGUCUUGGAUCUUUUCCACAAGGAAUUUACUGGACGGCAGGAGCCCAUGGAACGGUGGGAGUUUUGCAUUCAGUCAACCUCAAAAUUCUUCAAUUUUGGCCUUGGCUCCCUGUAUGAGCGCAGUCCAAACAGAUAUAAAGCACGGCAAAAAAACUCACAAGUUCUGCAUGACAUAUUCAACCAGAUUCGAUACACACUCGGCUCCAAUGUAGCAAGCAGUCGUUGGUAUCCACUGGAAAUAAAGUCACAGCUCACAGCAAAGCUGAACAACAUGAGUCUUGCUGUAGGCUACCCAGAGCGCCUCCUGGACCCAGCAGUGAUUGACACCUAUUAUGACAGUUACACAAUCUUCAUAAAGGACUUUUUCAAGAACCUGCAGGACUCCAUUCGAAGUGCUGGCCAGCAAAUGGAAAUGAAGCUCAUCGACCCCAUGCCAGAGUCUGCUUGGAUGGAUGCCUUGACCAAGGAUGAUGUCACCUUCGUCCAUGAAGCUAACAAGAUAGUCAUUCCACCUCACCUUUUGAAUCCUCCACUGUUUCAUCGCAACUAUCCUUUGGCAAUGCUGUAUGGCAGUCUUGGGGUACAGAUUGCCCGUGAAAUGCUGAGGACAGUCAGUGCUGUUGGUCUGGGAUGGAACAGCAGAGGCCAGUUGGAGGAGAAAACAGUCUUCACUAAUAGCAGAUCACUAGACAACAUUCGAGGGCGGUCUGAUUGCAUCGCCUCGGCUGUCAUGGACCUCAACAUAGAAACUGAUGCAGUGGUGGACAGAACAGCAACUGACACGGCCGCUGAGGUAGAUGCUGUAAGGCAAACCUACCAAGCAUAUUUGUCUCUGAUGAAGAUGCAGCCUCAGCCACAACACCCAAGUUUUGAAAACCUCAACACUACAAACAUCUUCUUUAUGGCAUAUGCCGGGAGUUUGUGUUCAGAAUUUACUCUGCAGCAAGAGGACAUCGAACGCACCUGUAAUCCUUCUUUGAUGAGCAAACCAAGGCUGGAAGCAGUAUUGUCACAAAUGCCAGAGUUCAGCAGUGUUUUUUCCUGCUCACAAGACUCCCGGCACUACCCGCACCGUCUUUGUGUUCAGCUACACUGACCAUUGCAGUACCUGUAUCUUUCAUCUCUGUGACUGUAAAGUAUUGAAAGAUGUGGUUAUGUGAUUGAUAACUAUAGGUACCGAGUGGUAGCUGAGGAAAGUUGCAGUUUGUAUGUUAUCCUGUUUCUUAUAUUAUUUUUGCUACAUGAAAUUUGCAGUAUAAUUUUUGUUGCAGUGGAACCUCAUUUAUCUGACAUUUUUCUGUCAUGCGAAGAUUAAACUACUUCAAAAUAUCUUGUUACCGUGAAAUACAAAGGUCCCAUCACACAGAGUACCUAUAGCUUCCUUAAGUUGGUGGUCUGUGUUCUUCCAGUGCUGUUAUUUGUUGUCCAACAUCUGAAGUCCAAAACUAGGUGCUAGAUUACUGAUUCCUUUCAACACGUGGAACCCGUUACUUAUAAGAGUACCCUUCAUACGACAACAGCAAGUACACAAAUGUUACAAUAAUACAGGAUCUGCAUUUCUCUUCUCACAUACUUGGAUAUAAAAUUAUUUGUGUUUUUUGUAAAACAAAUAAAUAUAAUAAAGUCUUUCAUGAAACUUAACCUUUCAUGAAAUUAUGUUCUUACUAACCAUGUUUCUUUGGCAGUUCAGUCUGUAGCUUGUGAAAAAUUUAAAUCCCAUUAAAAUAAUUUAUUAAGAAAUGCUGAAUGACUAAAGAACAUGUAUGUUGAUUUAGGCCCACUGAUGCUGCACAAAAUGUGUUGAAAAAAAGAAAUGGAGAAGAGUAGGAAACUACUCUCCAUGUUUUGUUUGUUUUUUUCUUUUCUUUUUUUCUUUUUUCUUCUUCAAAUAUUUACCUGGGAAUUAUUCACGUCUUGUCAGUCAAAAACUUUGUUAGUUGUACACCUUAAUUACAUUCAGCUGUGUGUUUAUUACUUAAAUCAGAAAAUUUACUUCAAAAUCUAAAAUGAAAAAUCAUGACACAUGCUUUGUUAUAUUUCUGCAAACCAAGAAAAAACUCCAAAGACAUAAAGAAGCGGUGCCAAGGUCUUGCGAGGCCGCCGCCACAAGCAUCUCUUUAGGCGCCAGGCACGCGCUCUGGCAACACUCCAGCUCCCUUUUCACCAUCUCUACGUUUGUUAACUUAGGUGAAAGACAUGGCCAUUAUAUUCUUAUAUUUUCCAGCUUAUUUUAGUGUAUAUAAUUUAGCCUAUCAUUUAACGAUUUAUUUAGAUAAUGUCAAUGUAAAUUUUAAGUUGCUUGUAUGCAUUCAUAGAUAAGUUUUUCAUUUAAAGACAUUGUGAUUAUUUGCAGUAUUGGUGAUUUUGCUUAGGUUAGCUCUUGAUUAGUGAAACAGUAUGAUGCAGUGUAAUAAUAAUAUAUCCAAUAAGAAAAUAAGUAAAAACAUGCAUUUAGUGCGUGUGUCAGCACCGUCAGAUCUAUGACAUCCACUGUGUGCAUUCAUUUAACCAGCGUCAUAUCCUUUAGUUUCUUCCUUUUCUAACAUAUAUUACCGUCAAUGAUAAAAAUGCUUUGUUAUAUAAGAUUUGAAGAAUACUGUAAACCCUUGAUAAAACAAAUUAUUUGGGAGGAAUGCCAAGCCAUUAUGAGUGAAAAUUUGUUAUGCCUGAAAGUGAUUGAUUGAGUUAACAAAGCUCAUAAGCAGGCCGACCAUGAAGCUCAAGAAGAAAAACUAACAGCACAUCUUUUAGGUUUAUGACAUAUUAGCUGCUAUAAGAUUGUACUUGAUACAAAACACAAAAAAUAUUUUCUAUUACAAAGUUCUAGAAUAUACAGCAUUUAGGCAGUACUACCCACUAAGGUAAUUUAUUUAAUCUAUA